CGUGUGCGGGGCCCCGGGCGGCGGCGGCGGCGGCCGAUGGCGGAGCCGGGGCGGGGAGCGGAGCCGCUGUGGCGGAUGCCCCCGGGCCGCCUGGCCCCGCCGCACGUUUACCGCAUGGCCGGGGCGCUGGGGGCCGAGCUGCGCCGCCUCUCCGGCCGCUUCGGGCCCGAGGCCGUGGCCGGGCUGGUGCCGCCCGUCGUGCGGCUGCUGGAGCUGCUGGAGGCGCUGGUGGCCCCGGCGGGCGCCGAGGGGGAGGCGGCGGGACCGGCGGCCGGGCGGCAGGACGUGGAGGAGCUGGAGCGGAGGCUGUGGGAGGCCGAGUGCCGGGAGCGAGCCCUGCACGGCUGCCUGGCCCGCCUGGAGGAGCAGAACCAGCAGCUCCUGGGGCAGCUUGCGGAGAGCCAGUCCCAGGAAGGUAGCACAGCGCGGAAGGAGCGGGAGGUGAUGCUGCGGCUGAAGGAGGUGGUGGACAAACAGAGGGAUGAGCUUCGUGCCCAGGCUCACGAGAUCGUCUGCAAGAGCCGAGACACUGAGGCGCUGCAGGAGCAACUGCAUCGCUUCAUGGCCAUGAACGAGGAGCUGCGUCACAAGGUGGCCGUGGUGCAGGCUCAGCUCAAGAGCACACUGGAGAGGAAGGCAGACCUGGAGGCCGCGAUGCUGCAAACCCAGAAGGAAACGAGCAGGAGGAGCAGGACCACCUCUGAAAUCCAGCAGCCGAAGACCAGCCUGGAAGGAGCGCCGUCGCCCGCAGAGGAGCCACAGCACCAGGACACGGGCGGGAGCCCCACUCACUGCUGCUUCUCCAGGGAAGAGCUGCAGCAGAUCCUGCAAGAGCGGAACGAGCUCAAGACCAACCUGUUCCUGGUGCAGGAGGAGCUGGCCUAUUACCAGCGGGAGCUGCUGAACAAAGAGAGGGUUCCCAGCUUCUUCUUGGAUGCGAUGAAGUCGACUGUCAAAAGACAGAGAAAAAAAAUCAGAGCCAAAAUGCUGGGAACAGCAGAGGAGUCGGCGAGCAGAGAUCAAAGGUUUAAUGUCUGCAGUUGAUGUCUGGCUCUGGCUUCGCCCUGGGAGCGCUGCAGGGGCUGGGCUCUUUGCUGCAACUCGCAUGUCCCUGUCACCAGUCACACACGGCCUGGCCAAAUGCCACUCGUCCCUGCGUGGAUGUGGCAAAAGGGAGGCGAGGUGGUGGCACUGUGACCACUGGGCACGGCAGGCUGGUCCCCGUGCUGUAUGGUUAGAGGCUGUGCAGUGGAGGAGCCUUUGAAGAUGACAGUAGAGGUGGUCCCCGGAGGCUCUGCAAGACGUCGGUGGGCAGUGUUGGCUCCAACAGAUGUCCCACAAUGUGGGGGGAGGACGCUGCUGGGCACCAGCCCCAGCUCUGCAUGUCUGCCAGCAGCGGGGGGGUGAAGCCUGUGCUAAAGCUGCUGUAUGGCACAAGGGGAACUGCAUCUCCUUGGUUUUUAGGGGCUUUAAUAAAGGUCUGAAGGGGCCUGAGCUCUUGUGCUACUGAAACCUGCUGCUUGCUUGCCUUGGGGUCUCUGCUGGCAGCGGGGGGUCUGGGGGUGUUGAGUCCUGCCUGCUCACCUCCCUGCCCAGCGUGUGUGCCCUGCACUUGUCUCUCACGUGUUCCCCGCUUCCCUGUGAGGCCUGGCUGCCACUCGCCUUGGUGCCAGGACGUCACCCGCCUCGGCCCCGAGCCGCAGCCUGUGGUCGCCCACAGAAGCGUGCGCUUGCCGUGUGGGGCGAGGUGCCUGCAGACUCUAAAGCAGGUUGUGGCUUCUGCAGUUGCGGCAACCGGGGACACGCUGUCCGCUGAGCAAGCACCAGGGGUUUGAAGCCGGUGUCACGAGAGCUUCGUGGCUUGAGAUCGCUAAGCUGGGGCUGGGCUUGCCAUGAAACAUGGCUGUAUCUGGGACAUGAGCAUCGCUGUGGCCUUGUGGCAGGUCACAGCCCACCGGUGCUUCAGGGGACAGUGGCCCCGGUCCAGGUGCCCCUGGCUCUGCAGCCACCUCCGCACGUGUGGCUCUGCGGGGGACGCUGCUCCGCUCAGGAUGGAGCCCUGGGGUGGCUCCGGCACUCGCUGCUGCCGUGAGCCUGUGACUCCAUGCAGGUUUUUCCCCCACUCCCUU